UGUUUCCGGGAGGAGCGGGGACAAAAACGCACACUUCCGGUAGAGGGGAGUGGCGGAAGGAUCUCUGUUCCAGGAUGAAGAAGGUGGAAGAGGUGUUCUUGGGGAAGACACUGUCACAUCCCCCGGAGCCACGCCUGGGCCUGGAUUCGGGAUGGAGUGCUUCCGGAAAAGGCUUUGCUCAAGGCCUCAAAGACUACCCGCCGGGUACGAGCCCUGCCAUCCUUGCUCUAAGGAGCCUUCCCCAGGGCUUGGCCUUAGGCCCCUCGGGAUCCAGGAAACAGCACUUGGGGGUCUGGUGUGUUGGAGCACCCUUACAACCCGGUCUGCUUUGGGGACCUCUGGAAGAGGAGGCCGUCUUGGAGAAGGGCGAGGGAGUGAAGACACCACACAAGGAGGACCUCUCAUUAGCCCCGAGCAGAGCCAUAAGUACCUGGAAGCAAAGUUCCAUUUGGACCAGUUUGGUGCAGCCAGGUAGGCUGCAGAGGGAUGGAAAUGUGUCCUUGGUUUGGAUCAAUGAGAAGCUUCACCUGCAGGUGUACCAGACUGUGUUGCCAGGCUUUGAGUUGCUGCUGCACCCACAGUCUUUCCAAAAGAGUCUAAGUGUCUUGCACCCCAAGCUAGAAGAAGGAUCUGUAGCAGAAGAGGAGUCUGCUACCCAGGAGGAAGUGGCCUCCCCACGAGAGGAUUCAGCAGAGUCUUGCACAGAGCCUAGUCAUGAGUCGCCCCAUAGUAUCCAAGGAAACAAUAUUCUAGUCUCUGAAUCUGUGGCCCAAACCGAAGAUCAGCCUUUCAAGGAUCGCCAACCCUUUGGUCUGUUGCUUCAAGAUGACAGCAUGGAUAAACAGUGCCUACCAUGGUCACCACCUGAGUCUCAGAGCAAUUCCGCUGCCCAGGAGAGCCUAGAGAGCAGUGAAGCCGGUUCAUUACUUCCCAAGGGUGCUCAGGUGCAAAUCUGCCCAGCCAAGAAGUUAGAUGUUGCCAGGAGUCAAUGCCUGUCUACAGCAAAGAUCUCAGAGCCCAGAACUCAGCUCCCUGACUUACCUGCACUACUCUGCAGCCCUCCCGACCCAGUAGGAAGCUCCUCAAAGCAGGGCCGACAAUACCGGUGUGGGGAGUGUGGCAAGGCAUUCAUGCAGCUAUGCCACCUUAAGAAGCAUGCGUUUGUGCACACAGACCACAAGCCCUUCCUGUGUACGGAGUGUGGCAAAAGCUACAGCUCUGAGGAAAGCUUCAAAGCCCACAUGCUGGGCCAUCGUGGUGUGCGGCCCUUCCCUUGCUCUCAGUGUGACAAGGCUUAUGGUACCCGCAGGGACCUCAGAGAGCAUCAGGUAGUCCAUUCAGGUGCCCGGCCCUUUGUGUGUGAGCAAUGUGGCAAAACCUUUGCCCGCCGACCUUCCCUGCGGUUACACCGAAAGACCCACCAGAUGUCAGGUGCCCCUUCACCAUGCCCGUGCCCAGUGUGUGGACGUCUCCUGGCCACCCAGGGUUCCCUGAGGAACCACAUGAGGCUCCACACUGGAGAGAAACCCUACCUGUGCCCACACUGUGGUCGAGCAUUCCGCCAUCGGGGCAACCUCCAGGGACACUUGCGGUUACACACAGGGGAGCGCCCCUACCAGUGCCCACAUUGUGCCAAUACUUUCCCCCAGCUGCCUGAACUGCGGCGUCACCUCCUCUCCCACACUGGCGAGGCCUACCUAUGUCCCGUGUGUGGGAAGGCCCUUCGAGACCCACAUACACUCCGUGCUCAUGAGCGCCUACACUCAGGGGAGAGGCCCUUUCGCUGCCCUCAGUGUGGUCGAGCUUAUACACUAGCCACCAAGUUGCGCCGCCACCUUAAGUCCCACAUGACAGACAAGCCGUACAGAUGCCCCAUCUGUGGCAUGGGCUAUGCUCUCCCUCAAAGCCUCAAGCGACACCAGCUCAGUCACCAGCGUGUGGUUUCAACCAGCCCUUCACUACCCCCUGCUGCCUCUGAGCCCACUAUGGUCCUCCUACAGAGUGAGCCAGAACUGCUGAACACUUGUAACCAACAGGAAGCAGCCAUGGGUGGGGGUAUCAUGGAGGUCACCAUCUCUGAAAGCCAAGAAAAGUGCUUUAUAGUACCUGAGGAGCCAGCCCCUAGCUCCAGCCUGGUGCUAAUCCACAAGGACAUGGGUUUUAGUGGCUGGGCAGAGGUAGUAGAGGUAGAAGCAGGCACCUGACACCAUUGUCACCCCUCCUUUACCCCUACAAGAGCUGUUCAUGAAGACUUGUA